GACGCAUGCGUAGUAGGUACCGACGAAUUCCGCGCUGAAAAGGAAGGAGCUAGUUUAGCGGUGAUACAACCAAAGCAGCACGAACUAUAACAGCGUCUACCCAGUUACUUUGCUUUCGAGCAUCGUGACAUAGCGCAGAGUUUGGAACAUGGCCGAUAAAGAGGUGUAUGACGAUGCAGUGGAAGAAAGGGUCAUCAAUGAAGAGUACAAGAUUUGGAAGAAAAACACACCUUUCCUGUACGACCUGGUGAUGACUCAUGCACUGGAGUGGCCCAGCCUUACUGUCCAGUGGCUUCCAGAUGUCACCAGGCCCGAGGGAAAGGACUACGCCGUCCACAGGCUGGUUUUGGGAACCCAUACAUCAGAUGAGCAGAACCACCUCGUCAUAGCCAGUGUCCAGGUACCAAAUGAUGAUGCCCAGUUUGAUGCCUCGCACUACGACAGCGAGAAAGGAGCAGAGUUCGGUGGAUUCGGUUCAGUAAGUGGGAAAAUAGAAAUCGAGAUCAAGAUCAACCAUGAGGGAGAGGUGAACCGAGCCCGUUACAUGCCCCAGAGUCCCUGCAUCAUCGCCACCAAGACCCCCACCUCUGACGUGCUGGUCUUUGACUACACUAAACACCCGUCUAAGCCAGAUCCCAGUGGGGAGUGUAGCCCUGACUUGAGGCUGAAAGGCCACCAGAAAGAAGGUUAUGGCCUUUCCUGGAAUCCCAAUCUCAGCGGCAACCUACUCAGUGCCUCCGAUGACCAUACCAUCUGUCUAUGGGACAUUGGGGCCGGCCCAAAAGAAGGAAAGAUCGUGGAUGCCAAGACCAUCUUCACCGGCCACACAGCUGUGGUGGAAGAUGUUUCCUGGCAUUUGCUCCAUGAAUCUCUGUUUGGCUCUGUGGCUGACGACCAAAAACUUAUGAUAUGGGACACUCGGUCCAACAACACAUCCAAAGCCAGCCACUCAGUAGAUGCUCACACUGCUGAAGUCAACUGUCUGAGCUUCAACCCCUACAGCGAGUUCAUUCUUGCCACUGGUUCUGCUGAUAAGACCGUUGCAUUGUGGGAUCUAAGGAACCUCAAACUGAAGCUCCACUCCUUUGAAUCCCACAAAGAUGAAAUUUUCCAGGUACAAUGGUCUCCUCACAAUGAGACAAUCCUGGCCUCCAGCGGUACCGACCGACGUCUCAACGUCUGGGAUCUCAGUAAAAUCGGAGAGGAGCAGUCAGCAGAAGAUGCUGAGGACGGCCCACCAGAACUGCUGUUCAUCCACGGUGGCCACACAGCCAAGAUCUCUGACUUCUCCUGGAACCCCAACGAACCCUGGGUCAUCUGCUCAGUGUCGGAGGACAACAUCAUGCAAGUCUGGCAGAUGGCAGAGAAUAUCUACAAUGAUGAGGAGCCAGACACUCCCGCAUCAGAGCUGGAGGCCCAGGGAUCAUAACCCAGCUCUGCAUGACUCUCUCCAGGCACAGCCCCUCCUCCAUCCCCUGAGCUCCAGACCCAGCCCAGCCUGUCGUUUCCCUCUCUGGCUUAACUCCGGUGCAAAAUGAAAAAAUCUGCUCUCCACAUAAACGAGUAAUGUGCAGAGUUAGAGAAAGCUUGGAUUCCACCCUUGCUAACAGACGGUUGGAUUCAAUUUCAUCUUGCUUACACCUCAACAUGGCCCAGGUACCCCAAAGCGCUUAAGCACUUGGAAUAGUUCUGCCAUUGGUCUGCAAUGGAUGGGAUUUGGAGUUUUCUACCUGCUCAGGUGGUAGUGUCUCCAGUGUUUGGGGGAUGGGAUAUAGUGGUGAAGGGGGUUUGAAGACUGUAUGUGCACAGAGUUACAGUAACUUAUUGUUAGACCUAUCAGUUCAUUUCAAAGGGCUCAUGCAAGGAAAACACAAGUGUUAUUUUCCAUUUUGACAAGUAGCCAGAAACCACUAGACAGUAUGUAUGUAAGGAAAAUCCAGACGAUGGACAAAUUUGAUCCGAGCAUCGAAAUGCUUUCAGGAAACUGAUCUACAUGUGUCUAAAUGGUGUGAUUGGUUCUAGGUUAACCACCCUGGUCAUGUUCAGGGAGGCUUUCUUUCAUAACUUACCUUUUAUUUUUGUUACAUAAAACCAUAUUUAGCAGACACACGCUGGCUGUCCUGUGAAGAAACAUUCCCUGCUGUUUGCCUCAGUUAUAACCUGGAGCCUCCUUGAGGUACAUCAGACUUGUCAGUAUUUGGCUUGAGUGAAAGGUGUGGGACUAAUUUAGUGCACUAGAGGGAAACAUGUCUGUCUUUUUUUUUGCUCUCCUCUUUCUGUUCUUACAUAAUGUGAAACUGCCAUGUUUUGUUUCCUGCGCCACAAAUUGCAAUAAAACUUUUGUAACUUCUCAAAAA